GAAACAGCCAUUUUUCAAUCUCAGAGAACUUAAAUACCAACAUCAUUUUCUUCCCCAUUUCUCUCUCUCUCUAUCUAUCUUUCCUUUGAUCGUUGUUCAUCCAGCAGGAGAGAAGAAGAAGAAGAAGAAGAAGAAGAUGGGGCAAGAAUCGUUCAUAUACAGCUUCGUCGCACGAGGAACAAUGGUGCUCGCCGAAUACACCGAGUUCACUGGUAACUUCCCCGCGAUUGCGACUCAAUGUCUUCAAAAACUCCCUUCCUCAUCCAACAACAAGUUCACUUACAACUGCGACCAUCACACUUUUAACUUCUUAGUUGAAGAUGGCUACGCAUACUGUGUUGUUGCUAAAGAAUUGGUUGGAAAGCAGAUUUCAAUUGCGUAUUUGGAACGUGUCAAGACUGAUUUCAAGAACAGAUAUGGUGGUGGUAAAGCAGAUACUGCUGUUGCUAAAAGUCUCAAUAAAGAGUUUGGACCUAUUAUGAAAGAACACAUGCAGUAUAUAAUUGAUCAUGCUGAAGAAAUCGAAAAGCUUAUAAAAGUGAAGGCUCAAGUUUCUGAAGUGAAAAGCAUUAUGUUGGAAAAUAUCGAUAAGACUAUCGAAAGGGGAGAAAAUCUAACGGUUCUAUCAGACAAGGCUGAGGAUUUACGCGAGACAGCGAAUGAUUUCAGGAAAAAGGGCACGAAGAUUAGAAGGAAGAUGUGGUAUCAAAAUGUGAAAAUUAAGUUGGUUGUGUUUGGAAUUCUAUUGCUUCUAAUUCUACUCAUUUGGGUUUCCAUUUGCCAUGGUUUUGAUUGUACAAAUUAGAAGGCUUUUCAAAUUCAUAUACAAACAAGGACAAUCCUUCUCUAAAAGUAUUUGGAAAUUUGUGGGUUUUCAGUUACCCAAUCAAGAAAUGAAGAUUUGAAGCAUGAAUUUGCAGAU